AUGGCUUAUGAGCCUCGUGGAGACUAUAACGACCGUGGUGGUGGCCAAGGGCAGGAUGGAGGUUUCGUCAAAGUUCGAGGUCGACGACCCGUGACCGACUACAGCUCAACCAUAAUUCACUGGCAGCGCAAUAGGGUACCAAAUUACAAGGGCUCCUACAUUGGCGAGGCUGAGCGCCCCAGUGCAAGCUACAUUAUUGAUAUGCUGCCGCCAGUUGCAAGGCCGACGAACCCAGCAGAUACCAUUCCCGCCAAACACCUACACUCAUCCCUCAACAAGAUCAAGCAUCCCGUAAACGUGGUGCGAUGGACCCCCGAAGGCCGCCGUCUCCUCACAGCCUCUACCAGCGGCGAGUUCACGCUAUGGAACGGCACCGGGUUCAACUUUGAGACCAUCAUGCAGGCGCACGACUCGGCCAUCCGGGCGCUCGAGUACUCCCACAGCGACGACUGGCUCGUGUCCGGUGACCACGACGGCCUCAUCAAGUACUGGCAGCCCAACUUCAACAACGUGCAGAGCAUCAACGCGCACUCGGAUCCCAUCCGCGACCUGGCCUUCAGCCCCAACGACUCCAAGUUCGUCACCGCCUCGGACGACUCCACGCUCAAGGUCUUCGACUUUGCCCUGGGGUCGAUGGAGACGAAGCUCGAGGGGCACGGCUGGGACGCCAAGUCGGUCGACUGGCACCCGACAAAGGGCCUCCUGGUGUCCGGGUCGAAGGACCACCUGGUCAAGCUGUGGGACCCGCGAACCGGCCGGUGCCUGACCACCCUCCACGGACACAAGAGCACCAUCACAAAGGUGCUCUUUGAGCGCGUGCGCGGCAGCUGCCUGGCCACGUCGGCGCGCGACCAGACAGCGCGCGUCUUCGACCUACGCAUGAUGCGCGACAUUUGCCUGCUCAAGGGCCACGAGAAGGACAUCUCCACCGUCGCCUGGCACCCCGUGCACGCCAACCUGCUGUCCACCGGCGGCAUGGACGGCGCGCUCUUCCACUACCUGCUCGACUCGCCCAACACGCCCGCCGGCCAGCAGCUCACCGUCGCGCCCUACGACAGCCCGGACCCGACCACCGCGCCCGCCCAGUCCAUCUGGCCCGCCCACCGCGUCGCCUUCGCCCACGACUACGCCAUCUGGUCCCUCGACUGGCACCCGCUCGGCCACGUCCUCGCCUCCGGCUCCAACGACCGCAUCACCCGCUUCUGGACCCGCGCCCGCCCCGGCGACGCCGCCGACGUCCUCCACGACCGCUACCACAUCGGCGAGGCCGCCGCCGAGGCCCAGGGCACCUGGGACCGCCGCGGCAACCGCCGCCAGCGUCAGGAGGAGGAGCAGCAGGAGAUCGAGGACGAGAUGGACGCCCUUGUCGACCAGGACGCCGGCCAGCGCCAGUCCGCUCACGGCGGCACCGGCCUGCCUGGCAUCCCGGGUCUCCCGCUAGGCGGCGUGCCCGGGAUAGGAUCCGCCGUGCCGCCACCGCCGCCCCUGAUCCCCGGCGUCGGGGCGAACGGCCAUAUUCCCCCACCGCCGCCCGGCCAGUUCCCGCCGCUGCCGUUCCCGCUACCCGGGAUGAACGGCGCGCCGCCGCCGCCGCCGCUGCCGGGCAUCGACCCCAAGAACCCGCCGAACCCGAUGCAGCUGCUGGAGAUGAUGAAGAAGGCCGGCGUGCCGCUGCCGCCGCCAGGUCAGCUGCCGCCGGGGCUGAUCCCGCCGCCGGGAGCUGGGGGCUUGCCGAUUCCGCCGCCACCGAUGCCCAUGGGCUUGGACGGAGGCAAGGGGAGUGUCGUCGACGCGGGUGGUCGGCGAAGGGCGCCGCUGCCGAGCCAGGCGGACAGUCUGCGGGAGGAGCAGCGACAUGGCAACUACAAGCGGAUACGAUAA